AUGUCAAACUUCCAAUUGGGUGUGAUUGGUGCAUUAUUUCUCUCGGUGGCUUCUUCUGUCUCCAUUGUCAUCUGCAACAAAGCCUUGAUGAGCAAUCUUGGCUUCCCUUUUGCCACAACACUUACUAGUUGGCAUCUGAUGGUCACAUUUUGCACCCUUCAUGCGGCUCAACGCUUGAAUCUGUUCGUGACCAAAUCCAUUGACUUCAAAACUGUCAUGCUUUUUGGUAUUCUGAAUGGUGUCUCCAUUGGAUUUCUCAACUUGAGUCUUGGCUUUAAUUCCAUUGGAUUCUACCAGAUGACAAAACUUGCGAUCAUACCAUUCACUGUGUUAUUAGAAACUAUUUUCCUAAAGAAGCAGUUCAGCUCUAAAAUAAAAUUCUCUUUAUUCCUGUUACUUGUGGGAGUUGGCAUUGCCUCUAUCACAGACCUUCAGCUCAAUUUUAUGGGAACUGUUCUGUCACUUCUAGCAAUCAUAACGACUUGUGUUGGCCAAAUUCUAACCAACACAAUACAAAAGAAGCUUAAUGUCUCUUCCACACAGCUGCUCUACCAAUCUGCUCCAUUCCAAGCAGCAAUUCUCUUUGUUUCAGGCCCUGUUGUGGAUCAGAUGCUCACCAAGCAAAAUGUUUUUGCCUACAAAUAUUCUCCUGUGGUUUUGGCAUUCAUCAUCUUGUCUUGCUUGAUAGCUGUUUCUGUGAACUUCAGCACAUUUCUGGUCAUAGGCAAAACAUCUCCUGUAACUUAUCAAGUCCUAGGGCACCUCAAGACUUGCCUUGUUCUAGGAUUUGGGUACACAUUACUGCAUGAUCCUUUCACCGGAAGAAACAUUCUUGGAAUACUCGUUGCCGUUUUUGGCAUGGGCUUGUACUCUUAUUUCUGCACUGAGGACAACAAAAAGAAACAGUUAGCCAGUGACCUCCCAUUGGCCUCCCAGGUGAAAGACAAAGAUACUGCACCACUUUUAGCCGGAAAAAACGUGGGUAACCAGAACGAGGAAAAUCAUGAGGCUAAGAAAUUAAGCAAGGAUUCUGUUAUUUGA